UCGCACUCUGCCGUCAGUUCGGUCAGUCGUCGUGACAACCUCGUUGAUACCGUUUCUAUUCCUCGCUUCGCUUCGUUUACUAAAGAUAGAGAGAGAGAAAGAGAGAGACAGAAAUCGCCGCGAACUCGUCGCGACAUUAUAGUUUUGUAUUAUACGAGAAAAUCUUUGAAAAUCGAUAUCGAACUUCUCUCUCUCUCUUUCUAUCUCUCUCGCGCGCACGCACACGAGCUAGCCGGUAAUCAUCGACAAAACUAUGACGUGUCGUAGUGUUGCGAUGAAAGGAUGAAGGGAAGCUUACUUCGCAACGUUCACGAAUGGCGAGUGUAAUUUGUGGGUUUUCCUCGUUUUGUGAGAUCCGGACAGGUGUGUGCUUCGUAACCCUUGGCGAUACUUUAUUGUAUUGAGAGCUAACGAAGAACAAUUCAACGACAUGAGCUUGCGAACUAGCCCACCUUGGCUUUAAUCGAAGGCAUCCUCGCAGAUGCACAGACAAAACUCUUCGUCAUGGUGGAGGAGAACGCAGGGACGGGUGCUCGACUGGAUGGGGAGUUGCAACGUGGAAGAGGAGAAAACGUAAUCUUACGUGGCGAAUCGCGUGAUGUUGUUCCUAGUACAUCGUCAUCGUCGGCUGCGGCAUUGAACAAUAACGGUGUUACGAGUAACAGCAAUCUGGCUAGCGGUGGUAUAAUAAACAGUAACAACAAUGGGUCAUCCCCGGCUUCCAGUGGUAUCGGCAAUCCGAAUCUCUGUCAAGAGGGAAACGAAUCUCAAACACACACGCAGGAAGAUGGUAAAAGACUCAGUGCUAAUAGCAGUCCAGUUGAGAAGAGAAGUUCGGCCAGUGAUAAGUCGGUUAGUCCGAUAGAUAAGAAAAAUAGUCCGAUCGAUAGGAAAGACAGGUCUAGUCCCAUAGAUCGAAAGAGUAGUCCCGUAGAAACUCGAAACAGUUCGCCAUGUCGAAGUCCAAGCGAGAAAACCCGAAGGUCCUACGCGUUAAAUCGCGAUAAAACACGGCUCGGCGAGUCCGGAAGAAAUUUAGAUUCGCGAUCUAGAAGUGCCAGUCCUGAUAGGGGCUCUUCCAACAGGACAUCCUUCCUACAUCGUGGUUGCAGCGAUCUAUCGGGCGUCGAAAGGCUUCGAAUUUCUACUAAUCCUGACUCAUUGAGAUCGCGAAGAUUUUGUAGAGUUACGACGGAUCCGGAGACCGACGUUCGUAAAGAGAUCGUUGAUAACGACGUACGACCGGAGGAAGACAAUGAACCACCUGAUCCAGCUCCAGGAAGUAGACCAGCCUCACCGGCAAAUUCUUUAGGGAUUUGCGACGACAGCGUAGUCGGAGCAAGAUUAUCGAAUCUACAUGGUAGCGGAAGUAGCGGAGGUUCCGUUGAAUUAGCUAGCGCGAGAAGGCUACGAUUGGAGAACGAACGAUUAGUCGCUGAAGUUGCGAGGUUGAGAAGGUUGUUACUUACCGGUGCGGCACGUGGCGAAGUUGGAGCCGAGGAUGCGGCAUUGGAGGAGGAGGCACGCUUUGUCGCCCUCGAAAUGGAAUUGCAACAUGCGAAGGAAGCCUUGCAUGCACUGAAAGCCGAUCGUAAACGAUUGAAGGCCGAAAAGUUCGAUCUGCUCAAUCAGAUGAAAGCUUUGUACGGUACCCUUGAAGAUAAGGAACGAGAGCUACGUGAUUUUAUACGUAAUUACGAACAGCGUAUGCGAGAGAACGAGGCUACGUUGGGUCGUUUUCAACAACAGGAAGGCGGUAUGUCCUCGGAGGAACGUGAAAGAGAACGAGAGAGGGAACGUUGGAGCCUUUUAAGAGCAGCGAGAGACGAGGCGGAUAGAAGCUUAAGCCUUGCCGCGAGUCUGGCUGACAAAGAAGUUGCCCUAUCGCAUGCACGUGCUACUAUAAAGGAGCUUCAACGUCAAUUAAUGGAAAGAGGAGGCGGCAGUGGCGGCGGCGGAGGUGCCUGUUUGAGCGAUCAGGAAUCCUUGGUGUCCUUCCCACGUGGUACCGUAAAUGGCGUGGCAACUCCAGGUGCUGGAAGUAACAGUGGCGGUGGUGUUAGUGGUAUCAUCCCUCAUAUCAAUUCUCAGCCACCCUUAGGGACAACGGAGUUGGGGAUGGCCAGUAAUAUGAGUGGUGGUGGUACAGGUGCAAUAUCCUCGGGUGGACAAGCUGGAGAUCGUGGUAGCUGUAGUGCCGAUAGUGGUGUUCGUGGAUCUAGCGAUAGAGAAAGUGGUGGUGCAACGAGCAUCGGUGGAAAUCUAUCGGACUCGACGACCGACGGAACACCGACAAUUACGAUCGAAGGAAGCGGUCCCGACAUGGACAACAUCUCUGUGGUAUCCUCCGUAGCACCUCCCCACAUGUAUCAGUCAGCGACGACACCAAAGGAUUGUAGUCCCACGCUGUCACCAUUGAAUGCAUUUUCAAGAUCUACAGACAACACUUCGUUAUCACGAUCAGUGGAACAAUUGUCGAGUCCUUUAGAACCUGAACCAAGAAGAAGCAAACAAGCACCAACUGUAGCAGCACCUACAACACAUUCACGCUCUUCCGCCACUCGAGGUGGUACAUGGGGUUCUAUAUCAAGGGUUUUCGCACGGUCACGAAAUCGAAAGAGUGCUAACACUUCCAGCAGCGGAAGUGGUGCUAAUGAAUCUUCAGAGGGAUUCGAUCCUUAUAGAUCAUGGUCGCCUCUUACCGAGGAAGGUUAUGCCGAGAAGCUUCGUUUGUUGAGAGAAGCAGCAUCGGUGCCAAUGGAACGAUGGAGAGCACCGACCGUUUUAGCAUGGCUCGAAGUAGCUCUUGGUAUGCCACAAUAUGGUCCAAGAUGUGCAGAAAAUAUCAAAUCCGGCAAGGUACUCCUUGAACUAAGCGAUGCUGAGUUGGAAGCUGGUUUAGGGGUGACUCAUCCUCUUCAUAGAAAAAAGUUGCGGUUAGCUAUCGAAGAACAUCGACAUCCUAAUCUGGUUAGAUAUCCUUGCAUAGCUCAGCUCGGUCAUACUUGGGUUAGCUCAGAGUGGUUACCCGAUCUUGGACUAGCACAAUACUCGGAAAGCUUUGCUACCAAUAUGGUCGACGCACGUAUGCUCGAUCAUUUGAAUAAAAAAGAAUUGGAAAAAUUACUUGGCGUAUCGAGGAAGUUUCAUCAAGCUAGUAUAGUACACGGGAUACAUUUAUUACGAAUGUUGAAUUACGAUCGUCAGGCACUCGCCGUAAGAAGACAUCAAUGUGAACAAGUUGACACGGAUCCUUUGGUAUGGACUAAUCAAAGGUUUAUAAGAUGGGCAAGAAACAUCGAUUUGACCGAAUACGCAGAAAAUUUAAAAGAUUCAGGGGUACACGGUGCGCUCGUUGUAUUGGAGCCAUCCUUCACUGGCGAUACAAUGGCUACCGCUUUGGGUAUACCACCAGCGAAGCACAUGAUCAGGCGACAUCUAACAGCCGAACUCGAAGCCCUCGUUUUACCAGCAAGAAGUCAACUGGAGGUCGUCCCGAAGGGCAGCACUGUCAGAGGUCGUCAAAUGAGUACCAUGAGCGCCGGUGGUAGUCUCAAUCGUGGAAGCAGAGCUCUACAUCAGCACCAUCAAACCUCACUAUCGGCUCUUCAUAUGACGGCAAAUCAUGUUGGAACUGUUGAUAGACGGAGAUCCAGUCUCAGGUUAUCGUGGAUGAACUCACAGGGUUCCUUGAGUCGUGCGUUUGGUUUACGACCGAGAAGUGAAAAGGCGUCGCCAUCAUCCUCGUCGGAUACAGGAAGUCUUGCCAGUCAAUGUCAAUACAUUAACAGCGUACGAAGUAAUUCACCGGCACCUGAGAUUACCGUUGGGAAGAAGCAUCGUCGUGUUAAGAGUAUCGGUGACAUCGAAUAUAUAACAAGCGUGGCGGUAAAUACACCAGUCUGACAAGAGGAUAGGCUCCAUCAUUCGGGGCCUUAUAGAAGUUUGAGCGAACGUGGAUAUUCAUCGUCUUAUUCAUCGUCUCAGUGUAGCUCCUUCUCGGGUUACAGCAACGUAUUAGCGGACGAUCAAUAUCAGUGCGAGCAAUCAACCGGGAAUUAUUAUCAAUUACAAAGCAGCUCUUAUUCACCGCAAAGCUUGGGCCAACCAUUUCCCGGUGUACAAAGAUAUGGGAGCCUGGCCGAAGAAACAUGGCAAUCAACCACGAAAGAGGACACAAAUACGAAGAAGAAGAAGAAUCAACGAACUUAUCUGGUGGAGUAGUAAUUCGUAAUUUUCUUUUUUUUUCUCCUUUAAAUAGAAUCUUAUAUUUAUCGAUCGAUCUCCCUCUUUUUUCUGUUUUCUCCCUUUUUCUCGUCUCGUUUUUCUUACGUUUCUGUUUUUUAUUAUCUUUUUUUUUUUUAUUUUUUAUUUUCUUACGGAUAAUAAGUAAAAUCGAUCUCUCAUAAGUAUAUACAUUGAAAGAAUCUCGAUUGAUUCUUUACGCAUAUCGAUAAUAAUCAAGUAUAUCCCAUUACGGAAUAAUAAUAUAAAGAGAUAAUUAUCUCGCGCAAGAAGUUUUUUAUUAAUUUUUUUUUUUUUACUUUUUCUUUCUUUUCUUUCAUAGAACACAACCGGAAUAUAUAACGAUCACACGGUGAUAUAACAUUGAGAAAUAAUUGAAUGAUAACGAGAGAGACUGGCCUAUGUAUGUAAGUACAUGAGAUUUUAAAUUCUCGAGACGAUACGAUUAUCAAUGAAAAAGAAAAUAAAUGAUCAAGAGGAACGUCUGUGAUUGUGAGUAUGUGUGUGUGCGUGCGUGCGUGCGUGCGUGCGUGCGUGCGUACGUGUAUGUAUGUGUUUGACUUAAACUUCAUACACGAUGAAACGAAUGAUAAUCACGUUUAAUAACAACGAAUAUGAUUAUUUCGCUUCAGACAAAAAGAAAAAAAAAAAGAAAAAGAAAAAAUAGAGAAGAAUCUAUGUUUUUACGUUAUAUCCGGUACUAAUUCUAUUCCUGCCACAUGACAGAUACGAUUAAUAUUAUAAUAAUAAUAAUAAUGAGAGAGAGAGAGAGAGAGAGAGAGAGAGAGAGAGAGAGAGAGAGAGAGAGAGAGAAUGAAAGAAAUUCUUUUAACGAGGAUAGCCCCAUUACUACGAAAAGAACCCAAACUGUAUACAUAUAUACGUACAUACAUACGUGCAUACAUACAAACAUAAAAACAUAGAUAU